AUGAUUACAAAAAUGCCAACAAAUAACAGCCACAUAAUGGGAAACCAGACAAACGUAUUGUCGUUAAUAAUGUUGCAAAUUUUUGCAUUCAUUAUAUUAUGUAAUUUGGGUUUCUUUAUAACCGAGUCGUCGGCCGCACAAAAGUUUUACCCGAACGGAAGGUAUGGCCGGAGAUCUGUUUUGCCGCCACUCAUGGGAGUCGACAAUACCGACGAUGCGAUCACUUUUAUAGGAAAUAUCGCCCCGAAUAACAAGUUAUCGAAACGGAAUCAAUUGACUGACCAGACAAUGACAUUACUCUGUUAUUAUACGGGAGUUUCCAAUCUAUUGAGAUGUACCCUCAGACAGUGUGAAGAGUUUUGUAUAGACAUAUAA